AGCGACGCGAGGGUCACUUCCGCUGCUGUAGGUGUCGCUGGAGUCAGUUUUCUGUUUCAACCCAAAACAGAACGAAGAAAAACACCAGCUCGUCAACAAGAGCUCUCUGUCAAAGCAGCAGAAAUGUCAACAGAUCAACCUCAUCUAAACUAUAAAAACGUUUACGGUUCAUAAUCAAUGUGAACUUUUCCCGGUGAUUUUUUCAUCAGUGGAAGCACAGAUCCAUAGGGUGACCAUGGCCACCCAUCCAGCCCCGCUGCCCUUGAGGGAGUUCUGCCCUCUCUACUACCUUCUCAAUGCCAUCCCUGCGAAAGUCCAGAAAGGUUUCCGUUCGGUCCUGGUCUACUUGACUGCAUUGGACAGCAACAGUGAUUAUAUAGCCAUUGGCAGCAGCAUUGGCAUGCUGUACCUUUACUGCAGGAGAGUAAGCCAAAUGAACAAAUACAAUUUAGAGGGAAAAUGUGAGGCCAUUACUGCAGUGAAAUUGCUGAGUUGUUUCGAUGAUCUUGUGGCUGUCGGGACGGCAUCGGGCCGGGUUGCUUUCUUUCAGCUUGUGUCACCGUUGCCUGGUAGAAAUAAACAGCUGAGAAGGUUUGAUGUUGUGGGCUUGCACAAAAGCACAAUUACAGCAUUAGCAUGGAGUGCUAAUGGCAUGAAGCUCUUCUCUGGUGAUGAUAAAGGGAGGGUGGUCUAUUCUGCUGUGGACUUGGAUCAAGGCGUGUGUAAUCCAGUGGUCCUCUUUGAAGAGCCUUCGGCAAUAGUUCAGUUGGAAUAUAGUCAGAAAGUACUUUUGGUUUCUUCCCAUCAGCGCUCCACGCUCUUCUACACCCAAGAGCAGUCGCAUCAACAGCUGGGCACUAAACCACGUAAAAGCAAUGGCAAGUUUGGUGCCUGCUUCCAACCAGCUCUGUGCAAGCAGAGCGAUCUGGUGGUUUAUGCAGCCAGGCCCGGGUUGCGUCUGUGGAGGACGGAUGUGCGGGGGCAUGUCGGGGAGACCCACGUCCUAAAGCCACUUUUUAAUCAGGAUAUACCUCAGUUUGAGCUGUUCCCUCGUUCAGGCCCCAACACUGGCUACAGACCUUCAGAAAGACAGCUGGGAAUGGUCAGCUGCUUCUUGAAGGAGGGCUGGGUCCUCAGCUGGAAUGAAUAUAGUGUUUAUGUUGUGGACUGUACCAAUCAAGUUAUCAUUGGAGGAUUGGAAAGCAGUGGAGAUAUAGUGUCUGUGUCGUGCACUGAGAAUGAAAUCUUCAUUCUGAAAGGAGAUCGGGACAUUUUGCGGAUCUCAAAUUGCCCUGAGGGAUUGGUUUCAAACUUAUUAGACCACUCCUACCGUUUUACAUCUCCUCUUUCCACACCCACGAUUUUGCUGCCUCCUAAUGGCGCAGUUGAAAUGGCUCAACCAAUCAGGACCAUGCCCAUUAUUACAGAGCAGGAGACUCAAGCCAGUCCUAACUCAGAGGAGGUGCAUGAUGGGGUUGAGGAGUCAGAGGAGGUGCAGGAGGAGCAGCAUUCUGAGGAAUUCAGUCAUGUGGUAGAGGCUCUGGAGGUGGAAGAGAACUUGGAGCGGCAGAUGGCCAGUUUGGGUACAAUGGAGUCCCGCAGCCGGAGCAGCUCCAUCACUUCAUGGGAGAGCACACAAGGCAUGUUUUCCACCACAGAGGCCUCAGAGCUCUCCUCCAGCCGAUACAGCACCAUCACGCAAGAAGACUUCCAGCAGGAGCUGGUGGUCAAGGCCAUCAAGCUGAAGAAGAAAGGCAAGAGAAGACGGCAUGAUAGUGGGAAUCGUGUCAACGAGCGCAGCAGCUGGUCAGAGAGCGUUUUCAGCCAGGAAGGUGCAAGCAGUGACGUUCUAAACACGCCCAUGAGCGAGCCUCCUUCAGACCACACCAGCCUCCUGUGCAGCAGCCUCGACCUGCACAGUGCUGGCUCACCAGACCAGGACGGUUCCGUCUGUGGAGAAUCCCACAAUUCCAAUGCCUUUCCCAUUCUAAGCCCAUCAGAACCCUUACAGAGCGAAGAGCCUCGUCAGGAUCCACUUAAGCAAACAGCAGAGACCCUACCGCCUUGCCCUACAUCACUGUCACUACAAGACAUGGAGUGUCAAGUGUACAGUGAAAAUGUGUUUGCAGAAAAUGAGCAAAUUGCAGCUACGCCUGACGUGGACAUGCUGCUGGAAUGUACCUUCUCAUACAUGCAGACAGCUGACGAGCAGGACAUCAUGAAGGAAUAUGUGAAGGAGAACAAAGAUACCCUAAAGGAUUCGGAGGAACAUUUUAAUCAGAGUUUACAUGGAGACUUUAAUUUGGAUUUAUCUUACGAUCCCAUUAGGCCGCUAGGUUACUCCCCGGAACCCGAGCCAACGCCAUCUAGUGACGAGGAGGACAUCUAUGCACAUGGAGUGCCAUCCAGUGCUAGUCUGGGGGACGGACUGAACGCCCUGAGCUUGCAGAGCUCAUCUGCUGAGCAGAAUGAGGACGAAGAGACGCAGCUCCUCAAAGCUGACCAGUUGGCUGAAAGCUGGAUGGGCUACAGUGGGCCUGCUUGUGGCAUCCUCAGUCUAGUAGUGACGGACAGGUAUAUCUGGUGUUUGGACUUUAAAGGAGGCCUUUUCUGUAGUGCUCUUCCUAACGGCAGCUUGAGCUGGCAGAAGUUUGAGGAAAAUGUCCAUCAAGUGGCGCUGUCCCCAACAGGCUCAUUGCUGUGGAAGGUGGAGCAGAAGACCAUGACUGCUUACGCUUGUGGGAAAGUCACCAUCAAGGGGAAGAGACACUGGUACAAAGCCCUGGACGACACAGCGUUUGUAGCACUUGGUGAUGACACAGCCUGGAUUAUUCGCACUAAUGGAGACUUGUACAUACAGACAGGGCUGAGCGUGGACAGGCCAUGUGCGCGGUCAGUGAAGGUGGACUGUCCGUGCCCCAUGGCGCAGAUAGCAGCACGGGGCAGUGUGGUGUGGGCACUGAGCGAGCAGAGGGGCGUGUUUUACAGAGAGGGUCUCAGCAGCUACUGUGCAGAGGGGGAGCAGUGGAAGUAUGACACCGUCAGUGAGAGCCAAGGUCUGGAACCCAUCUGUAUUGCUUUGGGUGAGAAUAACACAGUCUGGGCAUUGGAUACCAGUGGCAACUUAUGGUUCAGAACAGGGGUCACGACUAAAAAACCCCAGGGGGAAGAUGACCACUGGUGGCAGGUGAGCAUCACAGACUAUGUGGUGUUUGAUCAGGGCAGUCUUUUCCAGACUCUGAUCCAGGCCACACAGACUGUCGCCACAGCCACCAGAGCUCCAGUCGAGCGGGUAGCUGAACGUCUGCGCGUGGCCUUCCUUUCCCAGCACUCCCAGUGCCAGCCUAGCCUCAUCAGUGUCAGCACCAGUGGCGUGUGGAUUGCUUCUGGACGCAAUGAAUUUCACGUUGCCAAAGGCAGCCUCAUUGGGACAUUUUGGAAAAGUAUUGUACCCAGAGGAACAGCUUCUGCCACAAAAUGGGCCUUUGUGUUCUCCUCUGCUGUUCCAGCUAAAGAGGGGAGUUUCCUAUGGUUAGGUCAGAGCAGGAAAGACCUGUUCUGUAUUUGGGACCAAGACCUCCAGAUGCGGCCCUUUACCAUACAGUUUCCCCCAGACGUAGAGAUGGUGCAGCUCUCUGCCUGUCGUGACGCUCUGUGGGGUUUAGAUCACUACGGUCGUGUCCACAUCCGCUCUUUAUCAGCCAGUUGUUCCACAGGAAUGCACUGGACAUUGCUGGACCUCAGCCAGCUUGGACAUGUGAAGUUUCUCAGUUUGUCUUGUGGCGGUCAGAAUGUUUGGGCGUGUGAUAGUAAUGGAAUGGUGUAUUUUCGAGUUGGAACUCAACCUUUGAACCCCAGCAUGAUGCUCCCUGCCUGGAUCUGCAUCGAAGCUCCCGAACAGCCUGCUGGCCUUCAUCUGGUGAAAAUUCAGACGAGUCCUAAUGACCGCAUGCUGUGGGCGCUGGACAACAGAGGCAAUGUGCAUGUGCGCGUCGGCAUCACUGAGGAGAUGCCUGUUGGAACUGCCUGGGAGCACAUUCCUGGACUACAGGCAAGUCAACUGGUUCUAAGUAUGAGGACUGCUUGGGUUCGGCUUUAUAAUGGUGAAGUGGCUCGUCGAUACGGCAUUACAGAGAAGAACCCAGCUGGAGACUACUGGAAGAAGAUCCCAGGACUGGUCAACUGGCUUGCAGUGACGCCGAUGGAUGAACUGUGGGCAGUUGCUCCUACUGGUGCCCUCAACCAGCGCCUUACCAAGACUCUGCAAAACUGUAGUAGCCAAAACCUUGGUAACGCGGGAUCUCUGAGUGGAGAGGAGCUGGAGGAAGAGUGGGAGGUGAUUUAGAUGCCACUAAUUGUGUCAAAGCAUCCCAGAAUCACUGUUCUGUGAAAUUUCUUUCUAGGCACUUUACUCAUUUCUUCUUAAAGGAGUAGUUCACCUAAAAAAUGAAAAUUCUGUCAUCAUUUACUCAUCCUUAUGUUGUAAGUAUGUUACACUCUAUUUUUAUUUUGCUCUAUAACCUUUCUGAGGGUAUUUUUUUUUAAAUACCUUGUGACCUGAAAUUGUUUACCCUUUUUUUUUUUUAUCCAUCACAUUAUUUAUUAUUUUUAAUAUCCACAUACACGGUUAGAUCAGUUAUUUUUGAACUCAUGCUGAUUUAAGGAGGUUCUGUUUAUACAUUAUCAUUCAAAAGUUUGGGAUCAGUCAGAUUUUUUUUUUUUCUAUUAUUUUUUAAGAUGUUAAUACUUUUGAGCAAGGAUGCAUUGAAGUGAUCAAAAGUGACAGUAAAGACUUUUCUAAUGUUACAAAAGAUUCUAAAUAUUUAUUUCCCUUUUAACUUUCUGUUCAUCAAACAGUCCUGAAACCAAAUCUAUCAUGGUUUCCUCUAAAUUAUUUAGCAGCACAUCGGUUUUCAACAUUGAUAAUAAAAAUAAAUGUUUAUUGAGCAGUAAAUCAGCAUAUUAGAAUGAUUGCUGAAGGAUCAUGUGACGCUAAACAAAAGACUGGAGUAAUGGCUGCUAAAAUUCCGCUCAGUUAUUUAAAAUUAUAAUAAUAUUUCAGAAUAUUACUGUCUUACUGUGUUUUUGAUCAAAUAAAUGCUGCCUUGUUGCGCUUAAGAGACUUUCAUUAAAAAAAAAAAAUUUAAUUAAUUUUAAUCAUACCAACCUUAAAAGUUUGAAUGGUAGUGUAUACGAAUGCACUUUGCUCACAAAAUAGGGAAAUGUUUAAUGUUAAUCUGUUUAUAGCUAUGAUCUACUGCUUUAGGGGGUAGAUUAUGUAAAUAUCGCUUAUUUGACCAAACACAUUUUAUUAUCAUUAUAGGUACAGGAAAUAUAUGCUACAAUAUAGUUCAGACUAACAAACAUGAGGGCAUUUGGAAAGGCUGUGUGUGUGUUUUAUCGGAUUGUUUUGUGAAAGGGAACUAGGUAUAAGUUGGCUUUGGUUAAAGAAGGGAUUCAGCUUUUUCUGUAAAUACACUUGUACCUUGAUAAAUACUUGACAGGAGUAAAGUCAUGAUGGCGUCUGGCACAUAUAUGUGAGUCGUAUAGAGAGCAUGGUCUCUGACUUGCCUCUGUCUACACUUUAGUGACGUUUUGGAGUUUAAUGUGAGGUAUUUUAAAAGGAUGGUUUGACUUUUAACUCUUAAAACAGAAACUAUUUGAACUUACUACUUGGUUGAUAGAAUCUAUCAUAGAAAAAUACUGUAUAUUAAUGCUGGACGAGCAUUCUUCAUAUACGUCCAUAUAAAGAAAGCAUCUUGAUGAGUAAUCUAUCAUAGAUAACUAAAUAUAAAUUCAGUGCUGUGUCCAAUGUUUCAUUUUCUCUCCUCUCUCUUUAGUGUCUGACUGUGAAGUGUUUGUAAAUCUUCCUUUUUGAGAUUUUGACACCUCAGUAAUGCAUCAUAUGCAGAUCGAUUUAAAUUACCAUGUAAACAUUGCUGCAAGUUGUUUUAGUUAUUGUUACAUUUGCCGUUGUUUUGCCCCACUAGUUUCAGUUGUGCACUUAGACCAUAUUGUAAGUAAUAAAUGUGGUACACUGGAUAUGUAAUGCUAAGCCAGUGUGGUUUACGUGGUGAUGCAGCUAAAUGUGAACUCACAUAUUAAACUAUUAGCUCUUUACUCCAUGCUUAGUCAUGACAAACUUACAAAUAAAAUGUUUACAGAAAGUG